AUGGCUUCCAACUAUACCUACUCGUUCAUCCGGGUCUCGAAGACAGACGGAGUCGGCAUCUCCGCCCAAAAAUAUCGAGACCUACGCUUAAAAGCAUUGAAGACUUCACCUGAUUCUUUCUCAUCUACUUAUGAUAUCGAAGCGGCGUUCACCGAUGCCGACUGGGUAGAUCGCCUCACUGUUCCCGAUCGAGAAGUCUUUAUUUGUGCUGCAAUACCACUUAGCCACGAUCCAUCAUGUCCCGUUGAUAUCCAAUGGAUCGGCCAGGUCACUCUACGAGGACCUUCAUCCAGGACUGAUUUCGAGUUACCCGUGGAAGCUGGCCAGCCACCCCAAAAGUCCGACGAAGAGGAAGAGCGAUGGCAGAUGCUGAGCUUGUUUACGCUUCCGGAAUAUCGUGGCCAUGGACUGGGGAGCAAGCUAUGCCUAGAGGCUCUGAGUUAUCUUCGAUUAUACCGCUCAUUCCCUCGUAACAUUCAAGUGCGGCUUAUCGUCAAGGCGGGGAAUACUGUUACGGUGGAAUUGUACCGACGUCUUGGAUUUAUUCAUGCCGGGAGGGCUACCCUUAUUGAAGCUCUUAUCGCGAAUGGAGAUGAGUAUCUUCUUCCGAAAGAUCGGAGCUCGGACGACUCGGAGAGAAAAGGGCUGAUUAUGAUUUCUCGGAUAUCGCGCUCAUAA